AUUAAAAUAGAAACAGUGAUGGUGCAUUGGAAAAGGGAAGGUGGCAGGGUGAUGGGUAAAUGGUGGUCUGCGUGGCUAAAGUCCACUUACACACUCUGCAGUGCGUCUAUAAAUUAAAGGAAGCCUCUUUCGUUUUCCCUUGCCUCCAUUGCCUCAAUUAAUUGAGUCCAGCCAAAACAAAACAUCCCUGUUCUCUCCGACAACCAUCUUAUUCUCAUCUUCCUAAACCCUCUAAAAUCCAUUUGUUCAACAACACCAUCAAUUAGGAAUGGAGAAAAAAAUUCUUGACUACACCUUGGUUCCAGUGGGGCUGGCUAUAAUGGUGGCGUAUCACUUAUGGCUUUUCAAUCGAAUCAUGAACCACCCUUCCAAGACUGUUAUUGGUGUCAAUACCAUCAAUCGCCGCUUCUGGGUUCAGGCCAUGAUGGAGGACUCUGCCAAGAAUGGAGUUCUUGCUGUGCAGACUCUGCGAAACAAUAUAAUGGCAUCUACCCUUUUGGCAUCCACCGCAAUCAUGCUCAGUUCCGUUAUUGCGGUGCUCAUGACCAGCGGCACCAGAGGUGAUCGAUCUGCUUGGAUUUUUGAGUAUGGAGAUGCCAGUGAACUGGGAUUGUCUAUAAAGUUCUUCUCUAUAUUGGUAUGUUUCUUGGUGGCUUUCUUGCUGAACGUGCAAUCCAUCAGGUAUUACAGCCAUGCAAGCAUCCUCAUUAACGUGCCUUUCAAGAAAUUGUUACCUGAUCACAACCACCACCAUUUGACGGCGGAGUAUGUGGCUAGGUCCGUCAAUAGGGGUAGCUAUUUUUGGUCGUUAGGAUUACGUGCCUUCUACUUCUCUUUCCCUCUUUUUUUGUGGAUCUUUGGGCCCAUUCCUAUGUUUUUGUGUUGUUUUGUCCUGGUUUUCAUGCUCUAUUUUCUGGAUGUCACCUUCGAGUGUAGCUGGGCUGUUUAUGACCACAAGGACCAGGAUAUUGAGACCCAAAAUCAAGUUUGAUUUCAUAGGACUAGAGAAAUUAGGCGAAAAAAAAGUGCAUUUUGCAUUCAAUAUUCAAUCCAAAAGUUGAAUAUGUAAUCAAUUAAUAAUAAUAAUAAUAUUGCUAAAUUUUAAUUCAAUGAUAUUAAAGUUUUGAAUUUGAA